UCCGCCGGCGGCCUCGACUGGCGCUACUUCGCCGCGGGCGGCGUGUCCGCCGCCGUGUCCCACGGCUACACGACGCCGCUCGACGUGAUCAAGACGCGCAUGCAGACGAACCCGGAGCUCUACAACGGGUCCGUGCCGCUGGCGCUGUCGGAGAUCCUCCAGAACGAGGGCGCCGCGUUCCUGCUCCAGGGCCUCGGACCCACGUGCGUCGGCUACGGCCUCGAGGGCGCGCUCAAGUUCGGCUGCUACGAGCUCGCGAAGCCCAUCUUCAAGUCCGUGACGCCGUCGGACUUCGCGAACGCCAUCCUCGCGUCCUGCGUCGCCGGCGGCGUCGCCGCGCUCGUGCUCUGCCCGCCCGAGGACGUGCGCAUCCGCAUGGUCAGCGACCCGGCCUACGCGCGGAACUCCGUCGAGGGCUUCAAGCGCCGCGUCGCCGAGGACGGGCCGCUGGCGUCCUUCGCCGCCGUCCCGGCGAUGAUGGCGAAGCAGGUGCCCUACACCAUGGGCAAGCAGGUGUCCUUCGACUACGCGUGCGAACUCGUCCACGCGCUCCUCGUCGCGGUCUGUUCCGCGGAGCUCCUCGAGACCGUCGACGGCUUCACGCCCGUCAUCGCCGCGCUGCCCGCCGCCGUCCUCGCCUGCGUCCUCAGCCACCCGGGCGACGCGGUGCUCACGCAGUUCUUCAAGCGCGGGCCGCAGCCCGGCGGCGUUGCCGGCUCCGUCGGUUUGCUGAUGAAGGAGGGCGGCGGGCCCCUCGCGCUCUUCACGGGGCUCAAGGCCCGCCUCCUCCACGUCAUCGGCAUCAUCUGGGUCCAGCUCAUCAUCUACGACAAGGUCAAGGUCGCCCUCGGC